AGAUAUAGAAAAAUUAGAGAACAAAAAACUAAAAUAAACCAAUAGAGGAGGAACUGUGCAGUGGAUUUUUGAUCUUACGAAAAUGGAUGUUAUGAAAUUGGCUCGCAUCAGGCGCUACUCCGAGGCAAUGACACAGCCGGACUCUUUCAUCCAACGCCAGCAGCUGGAUGCCAGCAUGGCUGACACUUUCCUGGAGCAUCUCUGUCUGCUGAACAUUGACCAAGAGCCAAUCACAGCGCGCAACACCAGCAUAAUCUGCACCAUCGGUCCGGCAUCGCGCUCAAUCCCCAAACUCCAAGAGAUGCUCAAGGCAGGAAUGAAUAUUGCUCGUCUAAAUUUCUCUCAUGGCUCACAUGAAUACCACGGUGAAACCAUCAAAAACAUCCGAGAGGCUGUGGAGACGAUAACCCCUGACCCCUUGUAUUAUCGGCCGGUUGCCAUCGCCUUGGAUACAAAGGGCCCAGAGAUACGCACGGGAUUAGUGAACGGGAAAGUGGAGGAGGAAGUGGAGCUGAAAAAGGGCAGCCAUGUCCGUGUGGUGACCGCAGAAAGUGACAAAGACAAGACAGAUGGGAAGAUUAUCUGGGUGGACUACCCGAGCCUGCCCAAAGUCCUGAAGAAGGGAGGCAAGAUCUACAUCGAUGACGGCCUCAUUGGACUCCAAGUACUAGAAACUGGUUCUGACUGGGUGGAUACGGUGGUGGAGGCCAGUGGGCUGCUGUGCAGUUGUAAAGGUGUUAACCUCCCUGGCUGCGACCUUAUCGGAGUGCAGGCGGUCAGCCAGCGGGACGAGGCCGACCUGAGGUUUGGGGUGUCGCAGGGCGUCGACAUCGUAUUCGCCAGCUUCAUCCGCUCUGCCCAGGAUGUGAAAGAUGUGCGGCGAACUCUGGGGGCACACGGACGAGACAUCAAAGUGAUCAGCAAGGUGGAGAGCCGGCAAGGGGUUCAGAACUUUGACGAGAUCCUAGCUGAAAGCGAUGGCGUGAUGGUUGCCAGGGGCGACCUGGGGAUCGAGAUCCCGGCGGAGAAAGUCUUCAUCGCCCAGAAGAUGAUGAUUGGACGCUGCAACUCUGCUGGCAAGCCGGUCAUCUGUGCCACACAGAUGCUUGAGAGCAUGGUGGCCCACCCAAGGCCAACCAGAGCGGAGGGCAGUGACGUCGCCAAUGCCGUGCUGGAUGGAGCCGACUGUGUAAUGUUAUCUGGGGAGACCGCCAAGGGACUGUUUCCUGUGGAGGCAGUCGCAAUGAUGCACUCGAUCUGCAGGGAGGCGGAGGCGGCCAUUUUCCACCAGCAGCUGUUUGAGGAGUUGCGUCGCCUCACUCCUCUCUCCUCUGACCCCACCGAGGUCACAGCCAUCGGAGCUGUAGAGUCUUCCUUCAAAUGCUGUGCUGGGGCCAUCAUAGUCCUCACCACCAGCGGCAGGGCGGCACAUCUGCUGUCCAGGUAUCGCCCUCGCUGUCCUAUUAUUGCCAUCACCAGGAGCCCUCAGGUGGCCCGACAGUCUCAGCUCUUAAGAGGAGUGUUUCCUGUCCUCUUCCACCCUCUGCCUGCUCCCGUCUGGGCCGAUGAUGUAGACAAUAGGGUCAAUUUCGGCAUGGACAUUGGGACAGCAAGAGGCUUCUUUAAGUCGGGCGACAUGGUGAUUGUGGUGACGGGCUGGAUCCCAGGGUCCGGUCACACUAACAUUAUGAGGGCAGUCACUGUCCCGUAA